AACGCGCUGCAGUCCAGGCGUCGCACAGUCAGGGACAGGCAGCGCAAAGCAGCCUGGGAGCGUCCCACAGGUCGCGCAGUGCUAAGACUGUCCGGGACAGCCGCUGUCACUCGGCCGGACGGCUGCUAGGGAGCGGUUGGCGGAAUUCCUCCGAUGCGGCCUGGGCAGAAGAUACAGAUGCCUCUCGUAAGUGUCAGAGCUUCAUGAGGAAACAUCAUCAAUGAGGACAGAAAGCAUGGCCGUGUUUAAGCAACAGCAAGUGGAGGAGUUCUAUAAAAUUGGAGAACAGCUGGGAAGCGGACAGUUUGCCGUCGUGCAGCGCUGCACGGAGAGGAGCACUGGCAUCGAUUACGCCGGAAAAUUCAUCAAGAAGCGGCAGAGCCGGGUGAGUCGGCGCGGGGUGCGGCGCGAAGAGAUCGAGCGUGAGGUCGGCAUCCUGCAGCACAUGCAGCACCCCAACAUCAUCAAGCUGCAUGACGUCUACGAGAACCGCACCGACGUCGUGCUCAUCCUUGAGCUGGUGUCUGGGGGCGAGCUCUUCGACUUUCUGGCCCAGAAGGAGUCGCUGAGUGAAGAGGAGGCCACGCAGUUCAUAAAGCAGAUCCUCGAUGGGGUUCACUACCUCCACACCAGGAAGAUCGCCCACUUCGAUCUGAAGCCUGAAAACAUAAUGCUGCUCGAUAAGAACGUCCCCCUGCCGCGGAUAAAACUGAUCGAUUUUGGUCUAGCUCACAAAAUCGAGGACGGGGUGGAGUUUAAGAACAUUUUCGGCACUCCUGAGUUUGUAGCUCCAGAGAUUGUCAACUACGAGCCCUUGGGUUUAGAGGCAGAUAUGUGGAGCAUAGGGGUCAUCACGUACAUCCUGUUAAGUGGGGCUUCACCUUUUCUUGGUGAAAAUAAGCAGGAGACUCUCGCCAACAUCUCGGCCAUGAACUACGACUUCGACGAGGAGUUCUUCAGCCACACCAGUGAAUUGGCCAAGAGCUUCAUCAGGCAGCUGCUAGUGAAGGACACCAGGAAGAGGAUGACAAUUCAAGAUGCGCUUAACCACCCAUGGAUUAAGCCGCUGAACCAGCGGGAAGCUUUGGUGCGCAGACUCUCCGUGGUCAACAUAGAGAACUUCAGGAAGCAGUACAUCCGCCGCAAAUGGAAGAUGUCCUUCAGGAUUAUAUCCCUCUGCAACCACCUAAAGCGCCUGAUGAUGAAGGAGGACAGCGUGGACGGCGGCGAGCUGAGAGACUGCGAGAGCGACAAGGAGGAGGACGGGAAGCCAAAAAGGCGCAGGGGCCGGAAGCGGAGCAGCACAUCCUGAGCGGAAGAAGAGCAAGAAAACAAGAGAGCAGAGGAGCGGAGGUGCAGCGGGAUCCCGGCCCAGCUUCCGGAGGACGCUCCUUCCCAGACUUGCGUUACCGAGGAUGAUUGCCAUUCCUCUGGAGCCUGUUUCACCUUCAUUUGCUUGUUUUCCCGUCCUUGUCAUACUGAAACGCAUGUGCACCCCCCCCCCCCACAUUCCAGGAAAUGGAAGCCAUUACUCGCCGGCUCCCCCUACUGUCACAGCUCUUUAACACAGAGUGCCGCAUCACUAGACCUCCAACUCCGGACAUGUUGGCCGCAGCAGCGGCGCAUGUCGCGCUACCUAUGGGUACCCGAAUGUCGCAAUAAAGGCCGCUGAUGCUGCCGUCGGCCUGGCUGCGGAGCUCACAGUCGCAGCUGAGACCCAGACUGUGCCUUUCUGGACUGCACUGAUCCGGAGGCCCUGAGGCACUCGCCACCCUGCCACACGUAGUCGGAUGACGUGGCAUCCUGCCAGUGUACACUGUGAUAUGCUUAAAAUAAGGGGACAGUUGAUUGCUAGUUACAUAGAUUUUAAAAUUAACUGCAGAAAUGUACAGUUGAAAAGGUAUCGGAGAAAUUCGGCCUGGGGUUUCAGGCCUGGUCAUAAAGGCCACCACCAGCCCUCUCUUACAUCUUCAGUGCCUUGAUGACUUUAAUGUGGUUACUGUUUUAUAUUAUAAAACCUAUAGCAGACUAUUUUUUAAGGGUGAUGAUUCCCUGGCAUAUUUUUGGUCGUUUAUUAUCCUCCUUGGUUAAUACUUGACAUUCCGAUAACCUGUCAUUCUCAGUUGUCACCAGUCACAGGUGACAAUCGAGCCCCACUGACUCUGAAAUAACAGGUCGGUCUGUGAGAUUCUGAGCCCGCAGGAAAGCGCUUGUAUGGCCCGACCAAGCUAUGUUCCUGCUGUUGUUUUUUAAUAAACCGCACGUGUCAUGGUGAAACAUUCGUUGCAUAAUCAGCCCUGUGCCUGUAAGCGCGGAUGUCGUUCUCAGCGGCCCGUAGGUGGCCACGCCGUCCCGGAGCUGCCUUUCCUGCUCCUCAAGGCGCCUCUGGUUUCGGUGACAGCCGGCACCAUGAAACUGCUGGCCUCUCGUCAUUCAUCAUUCACUUUGGCAUUUUAAAUGUUUAAAAACUCUUCUGCUCCUUGUAGCAUGACACCUACAUUCCAAGGACUCCCCACGAACCAGAGACAUCAUGAUUCAUGACCUUCUUCCAAUCAGGUGAUUAAAAAGACCUGUAGAGCGAGACCUCCAACCCCCCCCCCCACACACACACACACACACACACACACCCCUCAAACUAAUUCUCUGUAAUGAUCUUAUUAAUUUCAGCUCAUGGGGUUUUAAUCUGUUUUGGUCAAAUUCUGUCUAUGUAUUUUAAUUCUGCAUUUAUGUCAAUAUUGUGUCUAAUUUGUGUCUUAUAUAGUUUACGAUAUUUGUAUAAUUUCACUCAUUUCCAGUUCUUUCUACUUAUAAUGCUAAACACACUGUACAAUGUUCAGGUUUACCAGAUAUUUUACUUUGCAGUUUAUUUAGUUUCCAUCAACUGAUUGAUGUAUUAACUCAUAUUGUUCUCCUCAUUUUUUUAUGUAACAUGAUUUUAUUUAUUGACAGUGGUUACAGAGAGGCUUCAUUAAAUGAGCAAAUGCUGUUUCUUCUGCUGUGUGCUGAGUAUUAGGUAGUGUGAGGAGGGUCUUCGGGGCGCUGUGAAGUGAUGCUCUCACUUUGCUCACGCGGUGAGACGUUCUUCUGCCAAAUGUUUCCAUUAAUCCUUAUCAUAUGCUUUUAUUGGCCAUUACCUCAAGAGCUCAGGAGUUCAAGCACAGAAUAAUGCACUUAAUGCACAUGAUAUGACGAAUGCACAGCCUGUAUAUACAUGUUGAGGUCGUUCUUUAUGUGCAAAUAUAAUAAACAGGACAUUCCUCCCC